AUGGCGUCGGCGGACUCGUCGCUGGAAGAUAUUCUCACUUCAGAAGUCGAUGAAAGCGCCGUCAGUGCCUUAGUUGGUUCUUUGGAGUCCCAACUUGCUGCACAAAUUGCUGGUGUACCCCAGGGACAGGUUUCAGCGAAUUCCGUUACCAACAAUCACGUCGGUGAUGUACCGAUUACAUCCACAAAUAUAGUGCAGUCUGCUCAGUCAGCGCUACAAAAAGCUGUAGUUUUAGGUAAUACUAGGAACAGCAAUAGUAAUUCUUUGUCAAAUUCUCCUGUAACCAUCGUUGAUCAGACUAAAAAUGGUUCAAAUAAUCAAUCAGUGACUAUUAACUCUGUUGUGUCGUCUGGAGUUACAACACCAACAGCUGUGGUAGCUCCAACUACAAUGCCACAACAAAAUGCAACAUCAACUGCUACAACGUGUGUACGGAUCAUAACUUUGCCAAGCACCAACGUUACUGGGAGGCACGUUUUAACAACACAGCAUCUAGCAAACUCCACCAAAGCUACAACUGUUACGUCGAGUUCACCUUUGAAUGUGGGUGCCCGAACUUCUGUGAGUGGGUCGUCUGCGAAUACUACCACUCCAACAGUAGUACGAAUCGUAACAACGCAAGGAAUACAGACAAAUGUACCUUCUUCAACUACACCUGUUGUUUCAUCGGUUCAAAAUCUUAACACCAAGGUAUUAACUACACAAGGAAUAACGCCACCAGUGAAAUUGACUGUGAGAGAGCAGCUGGCUCAUCAUCAGAUAAAUAAACAAACGAAUGUACCCCAAGUAAUUCUAAAAAGGGAAUCAAAUACGCCGCCACAACAAACAAUGUCAAUUGCACAGAGUACUGGCACUGUGGUUAAGAGUACUGUUAGCAAUACUCCACAGUAUGUGACAGUUAAUGUCCCGGGCCAAGGUGCAAUAACAAUACCCACAUCAUCACUAUCAGGAAAUACAAGGGUCAUAUCAACAUCACAGCCACAGUUACAACAUAAGGUGCUUACACCACCAAGGUUUGUGUCGGCUCCUAUCAGAAUUGCAGCUGCACCACAAGCGAUAGCACCUAGACCCACUGGCAUUCCAUUAUCACAGGGAUUGACUUUACCUCCAGGCAUGAUGCUUGUCAAACAGGAGGGUGGAAAUUAUUUAAUACAGAAUACUGCAGUUGCUGGCACACUGCAGGCCAAGCCCAAUGCUUGCAGUGUUCCCGGCACUGCUACUUAUAGAUUUACAACAGUACAGCCUGGAACACAAGUUGUGACUGGACCACCCCAAGUAUCCAUGCAUCAACAACCCAGUGUGCAUCAGCAACAGGUAGUGACAAUGCAACAACAACAUCAUCAGCAGCAGCAGCAGCCAGCUGGUUCUGUGCAGAAAUCUGGAAGCAAUAUAGCUGCAUCAUCACACCUACAGACUCAAUCUCCCAUUGUAAUACAGCAUAUGCAGAAAGGAAUAUCAAACAAUCCCCCCAAUGCAACAACAUCAACACAGUCUGUUCCCAUGACAACAAUAACGUCCGUUCCUCUAUCAUCUGGAGUUGCAAUGCCAACUACUUCCAUACCAAGUAUAAGCACUGCCUCACAAGUUGUUUCAUCAACUGCACCGGGGACAAUCAUCCCAACACCCACCACUACAACAACCACAUUGGGUGCACAGACUAUCAUACCAGUGCCACAGUCAGCAAUGGAAAAUGUAAAGAAAUGUAGAAACUUCUUGACAACAUUGAUAAAGUUGGCAUCCAAUCAACCUGCUGAGACAAUAAGAAAUGUAAAAGACCUUGUACAGAGUCUUAUAAGGAGUCUACCUUUAUUACGACAGACUCUACACAAGUCACCUAUCCAAGGAUUAACUGCCCCUAUGCUGACUAGUACUGGUUUGAAUGCAGCUACAAUAACUGUGACAUCCACCACAGCGGGAACUUCAACAGCAAUGCCUGUCACAAAUACCAUUACUCUUACGCAACAGCAGCUGCAACAGUUGCAGCAACAACAAAAACUGCAGCAAAUGCAAAAACUGCAACAAGAUCAGUUGGGGAAAUUACAACACUCAAAACAUGUUGGAGCAAGGCAUAUAGUAGUGACACAACAUGGUACAUCGGUAGACGGUGUGACAACGGCAAGUAAUUUUACAGCUGCUACUGCCAAAUCAUUUAAGGGUCAUCAUCCUGUAACUUUUACUUCACCAAGUCACAAGGACAGAGCAAAGUACUCAUCAACAUUUAAAGACGACGAUGACAUCAACGAUGUGGCAUCCAUGGCUGGUGUUAAUUUAUCAGAGGAAAGUGCUCGUAUUUUAGCAACCAAUGCAGAGUUCAUUGGAACCCAACUUAGGUCUUGUAAAGAUGAACACUUUCUUCACUCUGGGCCUUUACAAAAGAGGAUAUCAGAUAUAUGUAAAAAAUUUGGUCUUGAUGAGCCAUCAUCAGAAAUGUCAAAUAUAAUAUCACAUGCAACACAAGAAAGGCUGAAAACUCUUGUAGAAAAAUUAGCUUUAAUUGCACAGCACAGAAUGGAAGUUUAUAAAAAUGACUCUAGGUAUGAAAUGACGGAUGACAUAAAAUCCAAACUACGUUUUUUUGAACAGUUAGAUGCUCUUGAAAGAAAAAGGCAUGAUGAACAAGAACGGGAAAUGUUACUGAGAGCUGCUAAGAGCCGGUCAAGACAAGAAGAUCCAGAACAAUUGAGGUUGAAACAAAAAGCCAAAGAAAUGCAGCAAAUGGAAAUGGAGCAGAUGAGGAAACGGGAUGCCAAUAUGACUGCAUUACUCGCUAUUGGCCCACGCAAAAAAAGGAAAAUUGAUUCACCUAUACCAGGAAGUUCAUCGUCAUUCUCACAGGGUGGAGGUAAUAAUAGUACAGUUAACAGUUCUUCAUCGUCAUCACUUGGUAAUCGGCCGCAGAUUAAGCGAGUGAAACGUGUAAAUCUCAGGGACCUUGUUUUCCUGCUUGAGCAGGAAAAAGAAACCAAGAAAUCAACAUUACUUUAUAAAGCUUUUCUAAAAUGAAACAUCAUCACUUGCCAUAAUAUUAUUAACGCUCACUCAGAUUUGCUUGUCAUUUGUAUCACUGUUGGUUUCAUUUUUACACCUUUUCUAUUUAUUACACCCCUAUUACAUUGAACACACUAGUCUCUGUACUGGUUGUUUUCUUCUACUCUGUCUGCAGGGUUUCAAAAGAAUAUUGGUCCACUUUCCCAUUUUGUAUUUAAGUGUAAACAAAUCUUGACCUGACUGUAUUUGCCUUGUACAAAACAAAUAUUAAAUACACCAAACUCCAAAUUCACACUGAUAUUUGUAUCCAUUUGAUGAGGUAAAAAUUUGGCAUGUUUUUUUAAACACAACCCUUGUCACAUUAUUCACUGUGAGUUCCAUGUGAUCACCAUGAACAAUUUAAGGUUUAGUGAGAGUUGUGUGGCAAAUGUAUUGGUGUAGAAUAUAAUCCUUUCAUCACCAUGGAUACAUAACUGAAUUUUGAUGACAAUUUACCGGGUAAUCUCUAUUUAAUUUAAAUCAAUAUUGCAAUAACAUUCAACAUACGGUGUACCUGUCUAAACACCUUUUUGCAGCCCCCAAACUUCCUUACCAGGUAUAUAUGUAAACUGAACACCUCUGUAAAGCAGUUUGUUUAUACUGAUAUAAAUGAACCCUAGCUCGGAUUUCAUUCACUCAUUGUCCAUCUUUAUACAUUGCUUAUUUCAUAGCAUUUACUACUAUCUGAUCUGAUCCUUACUCUAGUAUACACAUAUACACAGGACACUGCAAUCCUUGUACAUAUGCAUUCGCAGCAAGACGCAUAACUCUGCCAGUACAAGUGUAUACCCACCAUCUCCUUAAUUAUGUUCCAAUGGAAUGCAUCUUCUCUAACCACUUCACUUCAGUGUACACAUCACUGUAUCCUUUUUGCAAAGAAUCAAAUGUGUAUAUUCUUAUUUGAAAUAAUUUUGAGUCCAGUAAAAUAAUCACGUGUACAUGUUUUCAGUAUCUUUGUAGUUUAAAGAGUAAACAGUUUUUUUAAAGAUCCCCUUUUAUUUCAUAUUACAAGUACUUUAUAAUUAUUGUGAAAUCCUCCUUCAGUGAUUUAGAUUUGAUAUGGUCUUCAUACUUGUACUUACUUGGGUCCAUAUCAAUUGUCUUUGUUUUAUUUUGAAAUUUUGUACAUAAUGUAUACUUGAAACGAGGAUGACUAAUGAACUAGAUAUUUUACAAUAAAAUGGGUUUCUACUUCCAUUGUUAAUGUAUAGUUUAAUUUAGACAGUUUGGCCUCGUUUGCAUAAUAGUGUGUUUAUUAGUAUCCAUUUCUACAUCAGCCUACUGUAUUGUAGAUGUCAAUUUUCCACAGAUGCUUUUAUAUAGUUGUUACUGCCCCUCUCAUUUGCUGGAAGACGGCUAUCCAGUGUACAGAAAAUAGAAUAUUGCAUUAUAUAUUUCGGGGUGUACAUAUUUUUUCACACUGUGAUAGGAUACAACACACGCUAAAUGCACUCAAAAUAAAGCAAUCAUGUUGUAUCAUAAUAUAUUAUAUUGUAUGUACUAAUUAAUAAUUAGCGUGUAAUUUAAUAUUGUGAAGAGAGAAGGGACAGAAAAUAUUUCUGUGCUUGGUACAGAAUAAAUACCACCCAUGUUUAUUUGUACUGGAAA